AUGGGAGUUGAAGAUGCGAUAUUUAGCGGGACUCCAACCGGUAACCAGGUGCCAAUUAAAAGUGUACCGAAAACUGGGCGCGAGCAAACACUGGAGCGUUUAGUUAGCGCCGUGUCAAUAAUACGAGGCGUUCGACGCGGCCGGUUUUUCCCAGCUGGUCGCGACGCACCGCAGCGAAGCGAACGAGUGUUUGCCCGGCAAGGGAAAAUCAACAAGCCGCUUUGGAGCGCCGAA